AUGGUUGAAUAUCUCACUAUUCUAGAGGAAUAUAUUGUAAAAAAUGGACUGCCACGCAGACUGCGAACGGCGUAUACGAACACACAAUUACUAGAACUAGAAAAAGAAUUUCACUUCAACAAAUAUUUAUGUAGACCGAGAAGAAUUGAAAUCGCCGCUUCACUUGAUCUAACAGAAAGACAGGUCAAGGUAUGGUUUCAAAACAGACGUAUGAAGCAUAAAAGGCAAACCUUAAGCAAAAGUGAAGAUGGCGACGACAAAGAUUCAACAACAUCAGAAGGCGGUAAAAGCAAGACCGGCAUGGAAAAAUUUACGGAUGACGACGGCCCUCUGUCCGGAAAGAAGAGCUGUCAAGGCUGUGAACUACCUCCAGGCGCUCUAUUGUCGCCAACCGAAGAUAUCCCCGAGCUAACAUCUCGCACCCGCAACAACAACACACCCAGUGCAACCAAUAACAAUAGCUUUGCCAGCGAUGGUGCAUCAAGUGUGGCAUCUUCGUCGUCUCUCGACAAACUAGCCGAAGAAGAUUCCAGAGAUUCCCAUCCACCUAACGUUUCAGCGGUACCGCGAAAUUUAGCUAAAAGGAUAAAACAAGAGUCUAGAAAGCGCUCGCCCUCUCUAGACGCCACCGGAUGUAAAGUAUCGCCCUCGUCCUCUAAAGAUGGUCUCAUCGGCAUACCAGGCCUGACGGACGGUGGUAAAUUCUCCUCUGUGAACUUAACACCGUCAUCGACACCUGGAACGCCAUCAAGCAUGCAUCAAAGUCCUCUUGGACACUAUCCACGACCGUCGCCGCCGAGCGUUCCACCCGGCCCGCCCCAUCAAACUGUACCGAACGCUAUUCCCCCUUAUGUAAUCAGAGGCAACGCUCCACCUGGACAGUUUGUACCACAUCCAGAUUUUCGAAUGGAUAGCAAGCAGUUCGUAGGUAAAUUAGCACAAUAUCCCCAAGGUAGCAGAUCGUACGAUGGCUACGCGACUGGAUUACAAGGAGAUCAACACAACUACACCCGCACCCAUCAGAACGUUAGGCCGGAAGGUUCGCCGUCAUCCAGGACGACAAAUGGGAUAUCGGCGAGGCAGACUUACCCGCAUGAAAUGUAUCAAAAUUAUGGAUACUCGGGUUACGGUAAGGACCAAGCUGGUUAUGGUCACCCGGCUUACGACCAGACGCAAGCGUAUUCUAAUGAGCAUAUGGCCUACGCUAAUAGCCACUACGGCUAUCAUUACAAUGAAGGCGGUUCCAAUGAGCACGCUCACAAUUAUUACGCAGGCGAUGGACAAAAGGCAGCGCACACUAAUGAGUACAGUAAAGGUUCAUUCUACGAAGCUUCGUACAACAGUCAAAACAGUGCGACCGCCGGGACAUAUCCCGGGGUUCAGGCGAGUGCUGAGCCGUACACUGGUACCAACGAAUGCAACGAGAACUACAGCUCUUUUCAACAAUUCUACGAAGCGUCGCACACUGCGCCACCGGCUGGCGACAACUCCAACUCCUCUUCUGAUUUCCACUUCCUCAGCAACCUUGCUAAUGAUUUCGCACCCGAAUACUACACCAUUUGA